UCUAUGCCACGUACAGAGCUGUGCGGGAUACGUCAAGCGGUCAACUUCCUGAUGUUCAGCUGGGAUUCUGGUUUUGCCAGUCCGGGUAACACUUUUUGUCUGACACGGUCCUGCUUAAACCACCGACAUCACAGCGGGAUCAAGUCGUCUAGUUACAGUGGUGGGAGCACUAUUGGACAGACGACACCAUGAAUGGACAGCUGGACCUGAGCGGCAAGCUGAUCAUCAAGGCCCAGCUGGGUGAUGACAUCAGACGCAUCCCCAUCCACAACGAGGACAUCACCUAUGACGAGUUGGUGCUGAUGAUGCAACGUGUCUUUCGGGGCAAGCUGCAGAGCAACGACGAGGUCACCAUCAAAUACAAAGAUGAGGAUGAUGACCUCAUUACUAUUUUUGACAGCUCUGACCUCUCCUUUGCGAUCCAGUGCAGCAGGAUACUGAAGCUCACUCUGUUCGUCAAUGGUCAGCCGAGACCUCUGGAGUCCACCCAGGUCAAGUACCUUCGUAGGGAGCUCAUUGAGCUCCGAAACAAAGUCAACAGUCUCCUGGACAGUCUGGAACCCCGAUCAGAACCAGGCCUGGCUGCCUCAGCACCCGACAGUGACUCUGUUGAUGCGCGUGAGGGGAGACACUUGACCUCUGACACUGGGAUGAAGCCGGCCCCGGUUCCGGUCAGCGCGGCCAGCAUGUCUGCCUUUGACCCCCUGAAGAACCAGGACGAGGUCAGCAAGAACGUCAUCUCUGCCUUCGGCCUGAGUGAGGACCAGGUCCCAGCCCCCCCCGGUGCUUCAGCUGAGGAGCGGUCAGGCACUCCAGACAGCAUUGCUUCAUCCUCGUCUGCACCCCCCCAACCUGGAGUGCCCCCCCAGCCACAGGCUCCCUACGCAGGUGUCCAGCAGGGACCACCCGCGACCAUGGACGGUCAGAUGUAUAUGCAGUACCAGGCUCCAGGUGGCUACCCAUCCCAGCCGGCCCCCCAGCAACAACCACCCCCACAGCAGUACAGUGUUCAGUACCCUGCAGGAUACACCCCCCAACCUGGGGCCCCUCAGCCACAACAGCAGCAGCAGUUCCAGAACUACCCUGCCCCUACCUCCCAGGCCCCAGCUCCAGGUCAGGCCCAGGGCCCCAGCUUCCAGGGAAGCCAGCAGCAGGCACCCCAACCCCAGGGUACCCAGCCGUACCCCCCAGGGGCCUUCCCUCCCCAAAACUAUACCUCCCAGGCCAGCCAGCCAGCCAACUACAGCCUGCCCCCUGCCUCCCAGCCUCAACCUGGCCAGGCCUACCAGCCCCGCCCUGGGUACACCCCUCCCCCUGGCAGCAAUGUCACCCCGCCUCCAGGGGCAUCCAACCCAUACGCCCGCAACCGCCCCCCCUUCAGCUCGGGUUAUGCCCAGCCUGGUCCGGGGUACCGGUAAAGGAUGGGUAGCUGAAUGUCACCCUGCCUGUCCUGGGUCUGUUUGACCUGGCUUCAGGAAACCAUCCUCUGAGCCAGUCAGAUAUUGAAGAGCCCAAAUCAAGCAACACCCCCCAGUGUAAUCCUCUGUGUUGUUGUCUCCACCCCUCACCACACAAACCCCUCCCACUGUUAUGACCCUGUAAUAGAAAGUCCAACGUACCCUGUUGUUCUUCUCUACCUUCAUGUCUGUCAUGUGAACGGGUCUUUUGGCACGCAUCCCCAGGGGACCCAAACAGGCUGCAGGAUGCUGUUGUUCUUCUUAUUGCUUUCCUCAUACUUUGUCUGGCUAGUCUGAAGUGUAAAUGCACAAGACUGUCUGUAAACCCUGGUUGACAGAGACCACACUGAUUUGUGUUGCAUUUUUAACUCAUAAUUUUAGGAUAUUGUUUACAGAAGUGGGUCUACAGAUGCAUCUAGAGGAGACUCGUAAAAUAAAGUGUCAGCCCUUGUCUUUUUUUUCCUUCAUCCUUUCGUUUUCUUCGUCGCCAUGUUGGUAUUAGAACAUGUCAUGGAAUCUGCCCCUCAGUGAAAAACACUAACAGCACAUUGAAUUAUGUGAGGUGUAGUUUUGACCUCCCAGAGGAAUCCUUUAAUGUUGAGCCUCUGAUCACCUGUCAUUUGUUGCUAUUGCGCUCCCCUUUCAUCUCUUUUCGCCUCACUUGUUUGUACUAAUAUACCAAUCAGAAAUUCCACCUUGAAAUGACUUCUUAGUUGUUUCUGAAUAAACUAUAACAUUUUCUCUGCAACCUAAUAAAGAUUUUGAAACCCA